AUGGCGGACAAUCCUGUGAACAAGAGCAACAUCCAAGGCAGCAUCUGGCCGCGAAUGCCCAAAGAGUUCGAGUCGUAUCUCUUUUACAAAAUCACCAAUGUGAAUAGAUUCCGCCUUGAUCUCAAAGACUUUAUUGGGAACAUCACCACAGGCCUAGAGUGUGAACUCCUUCUGUCAAAGGUGAAGCAGGGACAAGAAGCUGGCAUGCCCAUCAAGAUUCCCAUGUCGGGAAUCAAUGUGGCAUUCACCCAGAAGGGACUGCAGAAGCUUGGCAGGGCCGAAAUUGAUGACGGACUAUACGAAAAAGGAAUGUACAGCGAUCUUAUCUUUGAGGGUGCCGACAUUCCAGAGAGGCUGCUUCCAGAGUUCAAGCCUCCGCCUGGACACAAUUCUGAAGAUGACAGUUGGCGGUGCGAUUUGGUAUUCACAGUGGCUGCUUCGGACGAGAAAAAUCUGAACGAGGGUAUCGCGAAAAUUGAGACUAAUUUCCAUCUGAGGGACUUGAACAAGGCUAGCUUAGACUUGGUAGUCGCAAAGCAUGGACAGCGUCGACCAGGAGAACUACGAGGCAGAGAGCAUUUUGGAUUCGAGGACCACAUCUCCCAACCUCAAAUCAAGGGACUGGAUCCCGAACCAAAGCCGCGUGAGCCACUUUCUUGUCUUCCUGGAUACAUCUUCGUUGGUCACGACGGCGACCCAAGAAAAGACCAGAUGCCCCCUUGGUCCUACGAAGGCAGUUUCCUUGUGUUCCGUCAGCUCGAUGAGAAGGUUCCUGAGUUCAACAAAUUCAUUGCGCAAGCCGCCAGCAAAAUUCCAAACUACUCUGGAGAAAACGGCGCCGAGAAAUUGGCAGCCCAUAUGAUGGGACGUUGGAAGAGCGGUGCACCGGUGGCUCUAACACCAGACCACGACGACCAAAGUCUUGCAUUUAGAAAUGACUUUGAUUUUCGACCCAAGCAGAGCAUUCUGGGAUGCCCGUUUGCCGCACACGCCCGCAAAAUGCGCCCAAGAGCUGACCACAAACGUGACCUUGGCAAUGACGAUGACUUUGUGAAAGGCCAAUUCACCGAUCCACAAAAGCAUGAUACCAGCAAUCCCCCUGGUCUCGAAUCCGAUAGUGACGAGGAGCCUGAUCAGGAGCCAGACAAGGAAGACGCUAGCGUAAUCCUACGACGUGGCAUCACAUUUGGCCCUGAGCUUGGAGAGGAUGAGAAGGAAAAGACUACCAAAAGCCGUGGCAUUUACUUCACCUGCUACCAGAGUGAUAUUCGAGAUGGCUUCAACUUUCUGAUGACUCGCUGGGCAAGCAAUAGCGUUUUCCCCACGUCGAAAAAGAGAGCUUUCAAGGACGGUCCGGGAAUGGACCCCUUUAUCAACCAGAGACAGCGUAAAGAUCACCCAGAAGGCCAUAUCAGUCUAUACGACGGACUUGAUAAAGAAAAGACCCACAAGCUCGAGCUUGGUACUAGCCCUUGGGUCGAUCAGCGUGGUGGUGAAUAUUUCUUUACCCCAUCAAUCAGAGGCCUGCACUGGUUCUGCCAUUCCCGCCAGUAG